AUGACUCGCCAAGCUUCGACGAGCUUCGCGCAGUUCUUUCCCGCCGCACCGCGUGCAGCUCGGGACAGGGCCACUGAGCGAGAGAGAGCCAAAGCCAAAUCACAAGACGUAUCCAGCGGUUCCCUCAUUGAUCAGAAGAACGGCGGCGCUUCUUCGGGCAGCCUCACGAACGCCCAAGCGGCAUCUGGUACGGAUGGCAUACUUUCCGACUCCUCUCAGCAGCCUAUCGAUGGUCAUGAGUCGCCUUUAGGAGAUACACUCAACGCCGUUGGAUCUGCGAGCUCUUACGCGAGCACAGGCUCCUCAGUCUUCAGCACGUCUGCGCGACAAACCGCCACGAACGGCUCAUCUCAUAUACCUACCAUUAGCGGCACGCCGCUCACUUCCAUAGAAUCGCCAUCCUCGGGCAACGUUGCUCUGCCGAAGACGACCAUGGAAAACACACAAAUCCUCGAUCGGGAUGAGGCACCGGCCUCUCACAACACCCCGGAAAUCCGCCUGAACGGCUCACUCCAGGAGCCCUCACCCUAUGAGCGCACUCCAGCGCGAGAUCCCUCACGAUCGGCGAAAGGCAUAAAAUGCACAUAUGACCCAUUCAGCGACCGGAACCUAUCGAAGCAGAACAAGAAAAGUACCAAGCCGAUAUACAAGGAGUUUGGAUUGGAAGAUGACGCUCCCCCUCCAGAUCCACGCCUUGCAAUAGGCGGGCGUCUUGGAUACAUCAACACAGAUUUCCACCUCCCAAAGUCUCGCUUGCGACAGGCGCCUUACAAUCUGAGGCCGUACCAAUACGACCCCAAGACAUCGAUUGGUCCCGGGCCGCCUACACAAGUGGUUGUGAUCGGUUUCAAUCCUCUUACUGCGUUCUCGAAGGUGAUAGCAGCCUUCGCGACCUUUGGCGACAUAGCAGAAAGCAGCAACAAAAUGCACCCUGAGACAGGCGGUUACCUUGGUUUCGCAACGUUUAGAUACAGGGAUGCAUACCUCAACCGCUCUAGACCUACACCGGUCAAAGCCAUCGAAGCCGCGCGCCGUGCCGUGAGGACUAUGAAUGGACAGCGAAUUGAUGCGAACUCGAUCCGGGUGGAAUUCGACCCUGAGGGAAAGAAGAGCGCUCACAUGGUGGAGGAGGCUUUGAGAAGGGAGCGAGCAGCACAAGAAAUUUCCUCCGGUGCAAAGGCGCCUCCAACAGGGCCCAGAGCGAACCUGUCCGACAAGGUUCCUGGGCCACCGCCCAUGGCACCAAAAGGCCCCUCACUACAACGGCAGGUCGUGACUGGUGCUGCUCCAUGGGUUCCGAGUCAACCAAAGGGGCAUGUCGCAAUCGAGGAUAAGGGUAUCGCAAAGCAGCUUGCCAACGACCCUUACGUCUUCGUCGCACAUGAACACGUUCCCGUCAUGACCACGACAAUUGCGCACAUGAAGAAACGUCUCAAGGCGUUUGCUUUUGAGGACAUCCGCAUUGACAGGACGGGCUACUUCAUCGUCUUUCCUAACUCAUACCACGGUCGGAACGAGGCGAUGAAGUGCUACAGGGCUGCGAACCACACCGACCUGUUCACUUAUAACAUGGUGAUGCAGCUUUACCUGCCGCAGAACUCAAGUCGAGACUCAGAGUCCGCGGCCCCAGCCCCGCGCUCCAGACGAACUCCUAGCCCCGAACGGAAACGCCGAUCCGACUUGCGAACUCGAGAGGAUAAGGACCGUCGUCGUCGCGAAGAGGAGGGAGAUAUAGAGGAAGAGAAGCGACAAAGAGCCAAGAACUUCGACCCCGUCCUGGAAGCUUGCGAUGUUGUCUCCAGAGAACUGGUGGAGCAUUUGAUCAAGCAUAUCAGGACGAGGGUUGCCGUUCCUACUCUUUCAGACUAUCUCAACCCAUCGAACCACGUUGCGAUGCGUCAGAAGCUCAACCUGGGGGACCCCGCAGGUUCAAUUCCAUCAGUCACUGUGGAUGCCGGCGACGAGAGUCCAGGUGUGAGCACUCCCAACUCUGGCGCAGACCCUAUUGAACGUCGCACGGGUGGUGGUCGUCUGGAGAUAUCCUCUCUGCCUCGUAUCCGCAAAGCCAAACCCGGAGGCCAGGGAGCGCGCAAUAACGUCGGCUUCAUGGACCCAUUUUCUCGCAAGCGAGCUCCUCAAAGUCGGGGGGCCUUUAGGUCACUGCAUCAUCGCCUCCAUAACUACGAUAGCGACGUCGAAUCAGAUGAAGAAGUCGAGAUCAGGGAAUCUGUGGCCAGAGAUACCGAAGAGCCGGAUUCUCGACCGCGCAGUCGCAUGAGUACCGACGACGACGUCAAGGACGACUUUGCAUCGUGGGGUCUUCCGGAAGAAGAUUCCAUGACGGAGGCAAGCUUCGCCGUUGGUGAUGCGCUAACGACAACGAAGAAGAGAAAGCUGGAUAUCGAGCUCCAAUCAGCCAUCAAGCGCCAGAAGAAGUCCGAUGAAGAGCUCUUCGGAGUCAUGUUAGACAAUGCCGAUUCUGACCUGCCCGUUCAUGAAAUCUCCGAAGAGGCAACUCCCGAUGUCGACAUGACUGACGUACAGAGCGAGGCUCGGUCUGAGACGCCCGCGCUCUCGACGAAGGUGCCGCUGAAGAAGAUAAAAUCGAAGAAGAAAUCUAAGAAGCAAAUCUUUGAGGAACGCGAAGCGCUCAAGAAACAGCAAGAACAAGCCCAAGCAGAGGUCGAAGAGGAGGAACCAGAGAAGGUCCUGCCAGAGGAGGUCGAGCCGACGCCGGUGGAGAAGAAGGAAGAACUGCCACCUUCGAAGCCGUCGUCGGUGGAUCUUGCCCUGUUCUCGACGGCGCCUACAACUGCCCUCGAUGCAUCCGCAGAGUUCAAGCUCGACCUUUCAGUCCUGGAAGACCUAUCGUUGGCGGCAACUGACAGCCCGGACGUUUCGAAGCUCCAGAAACGGUUUGGCAGCGCCGACCUUGGAGACCCGCUUCUUUGGCUAUGGCGGCGCAACAGAGUGCGCGAACUCAACUCACGACUGGGCUCUGUCGACGACGCCGUUGGUAUCGAGGGCUACUACGUUCCAAACUCUACCGGAUCCGCUCGAAGUGAAGGAGUCAAGAAGAUUCUCAACGCUGAGAAGUCCAAGUAUCUGCCUCAUCAUAUCAAGGUACAGAAAGCCCGGGAGGCGCGGCAGGCGCGGUACAAGAAGGACGGCAAAGAUGCUGCGGUUGAGGCUAGUAGGCUUGCCAUCGCAGAAAAGGUCGUCAACAAAGCCAACUCCAGAGCCAACCGCGCAAACAACCGUCGACAUGUGUCGGCUCUGCAGGACGAAAAGAAGAUCUCGGGCGACUCUGACGCCUUCAAAUUCAACCAGCUUAAGAAGCGGAAGAAGCCAGUCAAGUUUGCUCGAUCUGCCAUCCACAACUGGGGUCUCUAUACGGAAGAGAACAUCAACAAGGACGACAUGAUUAUUGAGUAUGUCGGCGAGCAAGUUCGACAGUCGAUCUCGGAGAUUCGCGAGAAGCGCUACCUGAAAAGCGGCAUGGGUAGCAGUUACCUGUUCCGUAUCGACGAUAAUACCGUCAUUGAUGCCACCAAGAAGGGCGGCAUUGCCCGCUUCAUCAAUCACAGUUGUAUGCCCAACUGUACGGCCAAGAUCAUCAAGGUGGACGGAAGCAAACGAAUCGUCAUUUAUGCCCUCCGAGACAUCGCGCAGCAUGAGGAGCUGACAUACGACUACAAAUUCGAACGUGAAAUUGGCAGCCUGGAUCGUAUUCCCUGCCUUUGCGGUACAGCGGCGUGUAAGGGAUUCCUCAACUAG